AUGCCUAUUUAUUAUCCAUCAAAUGGAUUUUCUAUUGAUGAUAUUAUUAAAAAUAAUAAUUCAUCAAAAAUUUCAAAUCGAUCAUCAUUAUCUUAUGUACCACCGAUUACAUGGUUAACACCAUCAACAACAAGUAUUUAUCAAUUUCAACAUGAAUCAAUAUUUCAAUAUCUUCGACAUACGACGAAUCAAUUGACUAAUUCAGGAUUUUUUUUUAAUACAUAUCGUAAACCAAAACGUAAUCGUACAGCUUUUACACCAUCACAAUUACUUAAAUUAGAAAAUGCAUUUGAAAAAAAUCAUUAUAUCGUUGGACAAGAACGUAAAGAAUUAGCAAAACAUCUUAAUUUACCUGAAGCUAGAGUUAAAGUAUGGUAUCAAAAUCGUCGUACAAAACAUAAACGUUUAAUAAAUGAAGAUGGUAAUAGUAGUACAAAUGAAUCUGAUAGUAUAAUUAAACAUUCUGAUGAACAUAUUUGGAAUAAUGAAGAAAAUUCUAAACAUUAUCAUUUAAAUCUUAAUCAUCAACAAGAAAAAUCUCAUACAAAUUAA